UUUCAGAUCUGCAAAGAAUCUCAUUAUAUAUAAAAAAUUGGUGUGUUCAUCUUUAAAGUACAUUCUUAUUGAACACUCGUUGUUCACUAAUUUAUUGUUGUUGAACAUUAGUUGUUCAGUAUAUUUUUAUUGUUGAACACUCGCGUGUUCAGUAAACUUUUAUUAAUGAUAGUAGCUGAAGGUGACAUCGCUUGCUGAGCUCAUCCACAGCUCAGACAUGGCUGUGACGUGGUGAGGCUGAUGGUGAGGAGUGUGAGCGCAUGUGUGGCUGGCGCCAUGGGUCAUGGUGACCCGCAAGUGGACGCGUUGCCAGAAGUACGAGACGUCGAGGAUGUGUUGACUUGCCACUCGUUGCCAGCCGUUCAAGGUGUCCCUAUGUUGUCACAUGGACAAAAAAUCCCAGUUUCACAAGAUGUACAAAGUUUCUCGUGGUUGGCAUAUGUACAAAACAUCUGGGCAACACAAGAGGAAGAAAAAACUCGCGCGCUGCCAGACGUACGAAAUACGGCGCUGGUGCCAGACGUACGAAAUACGGCGCUGUUGCCAGACGCACGAUCCUCGCUGCCGCCCCACGGCAUCACCCCCUGUAGCCGUGGUCUACAGCCUCCCUCCUUCAGGUGCAGAAGAUGGCUCUGCUUGCAUGGGUUCCUCCCCAAGAUGCUGGUCCUCCUGGGUAUCCUGCUCAUCGUCUGCCCCGCCCUUGGCCUCAAAUGCAGAUCCUACGAAACCAUCAGCAUGGGGGCUAGUGGCCAUCACGCCAUUCGCCACAGUCGUUCGCACCGCCACAGCCAUCGCAGCCAAGCGCUCGGAGAGAUUGUCCCGCGGCUGGACAUGGAGGUAGAAGUUGGACAGGAGUUGGAGGUUUACUGCAACUUCAACAGCUCGGAGCUCGCCAACGCUAACGUCAGCUUCCGCACGCUGAGUCGGCAGGCUGGAUAUGAAACUUUGGAUGUCGAGCGGGUGAACGCGUCUACCAUCAAGACGACGCUGUCCCGCAGCGCCCCCGACGAGUUCAAGCUUUCCUGUUCCUAUCGCGAAGACGGCAGCAACAAAUGGACUACCGCGUGCCUCAAAAAUGUCGAUUUCGGAUAUGCACCGCUGCCCCUGGAAGACUUCGGGUGCGUGUCCCCCAACUGGUCCUACCUGAACUGCUCCUGGAGGCGCCCCCUGAACCCCAUCAACACGAACUACACCUUCUACUUCUUCGUCAGGAACCUAGUGCAGCUCAGUCCUAUCGAGGGCGUAAGCCAGCGCCAGAAUUGGUUCAAGCUCGAGUCUGACCGUAACUACGGCACCCGUGCCAACGUCACCAUACUCAUCACUGCCAGCAACAGUCUGGGUGUACGGAACUUCACCCACGACGUCGAUGUGUACAGCGUAGUGGUACCGUCCCCUCCCCCAUGGGUGAACGCGACAGAGGUGGGGGUGGCGGGGGCGAGCCUCACGUGGCAGCUGGACCACCGCAUGGACGCCUUCCCCGCCCCCCUCCUGCAGGAGCUGGCCUGGCGCGUCCUGCCCUCCUUCAGCUGGACCAAGACGGUGUCCCCCGCCACGUACGUGGAGGUGACCACUCCUGCUGGGGCGGUGGAGAAGCACGUAUACCACGCACACGUGCCCCUGCCCUACAAGCACGUGCCCUACGAGCUACGUGUACGUCUACACACGGGCCAGGGCCCCGUCAGGGACGACUUCUGGUCCCAGCCCGCCUUCGUCAGGGUCACCACCCUCUCAGCCCGUCCCGAGCUGAACGUCUCAGUAGACCCGAGCAGCUACGAGACCCACGACUACAUUGAGUCCCGGGACGUGUUCGUGUACUGGCGCCAGCUGGACCCGCUGCACGAGAACGGACCCGACUUCCAUUACAGGGUCCUGGCCACCGCCGACCCUCCCGCCGCGUCCCCCAGCCCGUCCCCCGUCAUCGCGUAUCGCACCUACGCCAAGUUCCCCCAGAUGGCGAAGAACGUCUCCUACAGCUUCGAAAUAACUGCCGUGAACGACGUGGGGGCGGCGCCCGCCCACUCGGUGGUCUUGGUGCCCCCCACGUCCCUGACGCCCGACGUGCCCGAGGUCUUCACGGUCAUCAAAUACAAGACCGAACAAGACCGGCUCCUCUACAGGCUCAUGUGGAAGCCGCCCCUGCAGCUGGGGACCGAGCACAGCCCCGUGGGGACCGACCCCGUCGUGAGCUACACCUUCUUCUGGUGCCCCAAGCCCACCUUCGACCUGCGCUGCGAGGAGGACCUGCAAUGGGAAUCUACGGGCCAGAACCUCGAGUCCUACCGGGUCCGUGACCAGAACCUGCACCACAGCCUGGGUGCAGGUGCCCUAGGGCUGCUCUACGAGAGGAACAUGACCGACCUGCCGCAGAACAGACAGUUCGGCAUCGCUGCCAUCGCCGCCAGUGGCAUGUCCAGUGGCAUCAAGUGGGCGACCUGCUCCGUGCCAUACGACGACAGCCCUCCUGCACCUCGCGCCCCUAGCGCUGACUGUCUGUCGUCGCGGUCGGUGAAGUUGUCGUGGAACUUCGAGUGUCCCGACAAGUCGGCGGUCCCGCUCUACGUCCGGAUCUCCUUCUGCGAGACCGGACCCGCCGCCAGCCCCGACGCCGCCAGAUGCGACACCAACGUGACGGUCGAGGAGAGACCGUUGACGGGACCGGCCGUGAUAGACGGGCUACGGCCGUCGUCAACCGUCAUGUUCUACCUGUCUGUCGUGUCUGUCGUGGGCACGAGCCGUGACUCCGUGCCUGUACGGCUCACGCUCCCUGAAGACGUGCCGGAGGGACCGCCCCAGUCCCUGGCCGUGACGUCCCGCACCAACACGUCCCUGACGUUGCAGUGGACGUCGCCCCUGGACGUCACCACCAACGGGCAGCUGGUCGCCUACCAAGUGACCACCUCCCCCCCGUCAGGAGUGGUACGGGUCGCGGGGCGUGACACGCAGGUUGUGCUGCGGGACUUACGGCCCUACCAGGCCUACCAGGUGCUGGUGGUGGCCUGCACCAGGGCAGGUUGUGCCGUCAACCACAGCGCCGUGGCGGGGGCGACCACGCGACCAGGCCUACCAGAGAAGGUAGAGCAGUUGAGCGUGAGCCGCCGUGACGGCAGGAUGUCCUGGGCCUACACCCCCGACCUCUGCCACAGCGCCUCCUGCUCCUUCGACGUCAUCGUCGUCAAUAACGACACCGUGCACUCGUAUACCGGGAUAAGAGAGCACGCCCUCAGUCUGCGGGGCCUGAACCUGACGUGCGUCAGCGGGCAGCCUCUGAACGUCUCCGUGAGGGCGACCGGCGUCGACGACCUGGGGGCGCCCCUACACGGCCCCUGGCAUGUCAAGGAGGAGCCCUGCGUCGUGUCGGUGGUGACGUCCUUGGAGUGGUGGAUCGUAGCCAUUGUGGUGGCGGUUGGCAUCCUCAUCACCGUCGCCAUCUUUGUUGUCACCAAAUGUGGCCUCAGUGCCAUUCGGGAGAUCAUGACAGCGCCCAACCUGCCGGACUUCAAGUCUGGCGACCUGAAGAGCAUCGGCGAGAAGAAAGUUAAGCCUGACCUGCCCCCCACGGGGCCAGCGUCUUCACAGCAGGCGCUUUUCAACCCGGCCUACACAUCCCUCCACCUCCCCUCGCCGGUGACCCGCUGCCCCCCUCAGCAGGACCUCUUCGACGAGGGGAAGCGCAUGCCGCUCCUGUCGCAGUCCUCGGUCAACUCCGAGACCGAGGGUCCGGAGGAGGCGUCGGAGCGACACGAGCGUAACCCCUCAGGGGACUCAUCCCGAGGGGGAUCUAGUGAGGCAGACUCUGCCCUCGCCUCAACGGCUGAGGCUCAGGACUCUGCCUCCCAGCAGGACUCUGCCUCAGCCUCCUCACAAGACUCGGCCCAUAGCUCUCUCAGACAAGGGCGCGACUUGUGGCCGCCCGUGGGCACCGUGCGGCAGCGGUCGCCAGGCCCUUACGUCCUCCACGGCGAACAUGAUGGUGAUUUGGAGUGA